AUGGGAAACAUCAUUUCAUACUUUUUCUAUAAAAAGAGUGUAAUACAAUCACCAUACAGUAUUCUAAAAGUAACACCGUAUCAUUCACUUGGAGAAAUAAAGUUAAGUUAUCUUAAUUUAAUGAAAAAAAAUCAGAAGCCAGAAUACAACACGGCAUACGCACUUAUAAAGGAAAGCCCACCCCCUUUAAAUCUGUAUUCUAAUUUAUCUGACGAUGUUAUUGAAAAAAUUAAUCAGUUUGCUAAAACAGAUAUACCACCAAUAAAUAGUUCUGAGUACAAACAAGCUUAUAGAAUGCUCAGUAGACUAAACAUAUCAAACUUUAGGACUGAUAAUGACAGGAUACACUUCUACUUCCAUUUAAGUAGACUUAUCAACAAGUCUAAAAAGGAAGAUGAGAGACUCAUAUUAAAAAAACGGCAUACUGCAAAAAAUAAAACAGUCAGUAAAGUUUUACCAGUAUAUGGACCAUUUCUUAUAUGUGAAGAAUGCAACAAAAAGUUUAAGGGAAUUAAUACAUUUAAAGAUCAUCUUAAAAGUAAAAAGCACAAGGAAAAUACAAAUUUUAAAGAAGAAAUUGUUAUAGAGAAGAAAAAACAACCAGUUAAGAAUACUGCGAAAGAUAAAGUUGUUGAAGUUGAAGAAAGUAUUGUACAAAAUAAAGUAUCAAAUCACAAAUUGGAUCAUUUAGUUUUUAGAACAUGUAGUUUUUGUAAGGAGGUUUUCGAUACACGUGUAUUACUACUUUAUCAUUUAAGAAGUAAUCAUAAAAAAGGAUCUUCUUGA